AUGGAAGACAUAAUCGAUAAGGAAAUUACAGUGCUUGUCCGAUCCCCGUCUCUCAACGAGACAUUGGAAGUGAAAACCACCUUAAAUGCCACUAUACUGACACUCAAGAAGUCGAUUGAACCUGUUCAUCCUCACCACCCCAAAUCAGCCAACCAACGCAUUAUCUACAGUGGAAAGCUUCUGAAGGAUACUGAUAUAUUGGCUGACAUCUUGAAAAAGAGUGACGAGGAGGUUACUCCCACCUUUCAUCUUGUGGUUAAACCGUCCAUUGACGCUGUUACUUCCAAUUCUCGUGCCCACACACCUACUUCUCAUCCUUCUUUUCCUCAAGCCUCUACUUCAACGUCUUCUACAAGUACAUUUUUCUCAGAUAGAGCACCUCAAAGCUCCAACUUUCAAAUGCCACAGUACCAGCAACAACAACAACAACAACAGCAGCAGCAGCAACAACCAAUGUAUCCAUCCUCGUUGCCUGGAGGUUAUCAAGUUGUGUCUAUAAAUGGGCAAUACUAUCUGGCGCCAACGCUAGUCCUUUCUCAAAACCUAUCACCUCAGCAAUUUCACAAUACCCAAAUGCCAUUACCACACGCUCAACCCCCAGUGUAUCAGCAGCAAGCAGAUGCCAAUGCAUUUGUAUCUCCCCAAUUUCCACCACAAGCACAGCAGCAGCAGCAACACAAUGUACAAGAGCCUAUCGUUCAGCCUUACCUUAAUCAGCUUCCUCAGCAGCAACAACCACAGCAGAAUAACCCACUUUUUAGAAGAAAUGGGCCUGUUCUUGCUCAACCAGCUAUUGCGCAACGAGCAACAUCCAUUUGGCUUGCAUUGAAGCUCAUUGUUGUGUUAUUUAUGCUGUGCCAAGGAGCAAGCAUCGAGCGCAUCUUUGUCUUUCAUGCAAUUGCAUUUGUCUUCUUUUUGUAUCAAACGGGUAGAUUGAGAUUUGUGCUGCGUCGAGUUCGAGUAGAGGACUUUAACAGAUUUAGACCUGGUGGCGGUGGUAAUGGAGAAGGAUUGCAAAGACCAGCUGGUGCGCCUCGUGGUAAUGGCAAUCCCCAUGUCGACGGCAACCCAGAAGGCACCUCUACUUCGGUCAAUAACAACAGCGACAACUUGACGCAGAGAAGACAGGAUGGUGGAGAAGGGUCUGGAUCAAGCCAGGGCAAUGCUUCUGGUUCAAGUGCGACAACUGGCACCGCUGCUCAAACACCUGCCAGACCCCUUACGGCUUUGGACGUCUGGAAACGAGGAGCCUAUACAUUUUUUGCUUCAUUAUGGCCUACGUAUGGCGUUGAUCCCCAGAUUGCUCAGGCAUUUCAGAAUGAGAAUAACAACAACGAUCAAGAGUAA